AUGCCAGCUGAGCUGUUGAAAAAAGCCGGUUUCCUUUCGACUGGAGAUGAUUUGGUACCUGGAAACGCUGGAUUGAAAGAUCAGAAUUUGGCCUUAAAGUGGGCCAAUCAGUACAUCCAUCAUUUUGGUGGUGAUCCAACCAAAAUUACAAUUUUGAAUCCUAAAAGCUAUCUACAGUUGUACCAAGGAUUUUUCUUUGCGCCGGUAUACGAGCACGAGCACGAUGGUGCUUUUUUGACCAAACAGGCAUACGAAGCUAUGGAAGAGGGAGAUUUCAAUAAAGUACCACUUAUGAGUGAUCAUGAUUUUGUAAAAUCUGUGCUAAAGUUCGCUGAGCAGUUGGUGAAACACUCGCAAAACCCAUACCUCUACCAGUUCUCUUACAAAGGUGUCUUGGGUUUUCACAGAAAUCAGUCAGCUUGUGGUUGGCGUGGGAGUUCGCUCAUUCAGCAUCACUGACAGUUGUACCCCAGAGCUUACACAGACCGUUCCGUAUUUUCACUGGAUACAGUUUUUUAUCAAAUUAAUAAGCAUGUCAUCCUCAAGUUAUGAGGCAACUAUAGAAAAUAAUGGCAACGACCUGCAGUUCAUCGCAGAUGAAAUUGCCAUUGCUCCCAUUAUUUUCCAAAAGUCACAAGUGCCAAAAAUAAAAAUGAGAAAGGACGAUGCCUAGAAGAAGAUGUUGAAAAAAGGAAUCAACAUUCGGUAAACCAUUAGAUACUAAAG